AUGGAACCAGAAGCUCCUGGAAUUGGCGGGAAAACCUGUCUGUGUCUGACAGGGGACAACACUUGGCGCUUGGUGCUUGUGGUUGGAACCCGAAGAAGUGAACAAGACAAGACAGAGGAUUUUUAUGUGCGAUAUAAAGAAUCUGACCCUCCUCAUGAAGAGUGGGUGAACAGGAGGCGCUUGGUACCUUUGAAUGGGGCAGAAGCAAAGAGGACUUUUGGAUGUAAUCCUGAUAUCCUGGAGCGGUUUGGUUUGAUGAACACAGACAAAGUGGCUCGGAACAAUAAGAAACCCAGGAUGUUGCCUUCUCAUACAGCGCAACAUGACCUCCCAGAGGAGCUGAUAUGUCCAGUAUGUAGCGACAUCUUCUCUGACCCUGUGCUCCUUGACUGUGGACAUAACUUCUGCCGCUCAUGUCUGUCCUCCAUAAGAGCCAACCAGCGCUGUCCCUACUGCUUAAAACUGCUCCUUGGCCAAAGAUCCUUGCCCAACCAGGCCCUAGGGAGGCUCGCCCUUCACACUAUGGAGACCCUAAUGUUUAACAAAAGAAUAUCAGAGACUAAAAAUCACUUAGUCGAGGGAGAAACAUCACAAUAUGACAAUUAUUGUCCUUUGGAAAAAUCUGCUGAGAGCAACAGUAGAUCAUUACAUGAGAAUGUCAAAAAAUGCAGAGAAGAGCUGAGCGCUGCUGUUACUCAAUUGCAAGCCAGUCUGCAGCUGCAGCGAGCACGGUGCACUCAGCAGGAGCAGCGCAUUAACAAGCACGUGGAAACUGUGCGCACCCUGAAGAAACACCUGGAGUCCCAGUUUGCAGCCUUACAGCGGUUUCUCCUAGACAGAGAGCAGGCACUACAAAGGGAGCUGGAGCAGGAAGCAGAGGACUCUCUGAGGGACAUGGAGCAGGAGCUGCAUGAUCUGAGGGAACAAUGUCAGGGAAUGCAGGAGACCCUUGACAGGGCUUACAGAAAGAUGACCCAGCAAGAUCCCUCCGACUUCCUGAUGGGAGUGAAUUUGGUGACCAAGAGGUUCUGUUGCCCCACAUCAAGGUGCAGAAUGAUGCAGAAAAUGGAUGAUGAGCAACCUUUUGCAGAUUUACACAGCCACAUCCUGGGCAAGUUCAGGGGCCCCGUGCAAUAUGCAGUGUGGAAGGAUAUGAGAGUUGUGCUUGAUCCAGACUUAUCCUCUCCGCACUUGGAUCCUGACACAGCUCACCCUGACCUGCUGCUCUCUGAAAGUCGGCAAUCUAUCAUCUUCUCCCCAGGGAGCAGCCUAUCUCACCCCAGCCCUGCAAGGUUCAAUCAGUACCUUGUGGCCCUUGGAAUCCCCAGGUACAAAUCUGGGAAGCAUUACUGGGAGUUGGAAAUCGGGCAAAACACAGAGUGUGACUUGGGAGUGGCUUUGGAAAGCAUUAGCCGUACAAACCAUUUCACUCUGGCUCCCACUGAUGGUUGCUGGGUCUGCUCUGUGAGGCAUGGACAACGCUUUAUAGCCUUCGACUCCUCAAUCCAGGUCUUUAUGCCGCAGGAAAAGCUGCAACGUAUUGGCGUGUAUUUGGAUUAUGACAGAGGACAAGUUUCCUUUUAUAAUGCUGAUGGCAUGCGGCACCUGUACACCUUCACAUCCUGCUUUACAGGCAACUUGUGUGCCUAUGUGUCACCUUGUUGUGUGACAAAUGCUCAGUGUGGAUCACAGUUAAUUAGGGUCAAUCGAAACCAUCUGUGACUUGAUAUUUUGGCUGCCUCUUGUUUCCAAUACUAUUUUAUUUCAUGUAUAUGAUAAAAAAUAUUGUUUGCAUGAAAAAAAGGUUAAUUAAAAGUUGUUGUUUAAGUUUAAAGUUAAACCGAAAACAUGUGGUUGUGUACAACUGAGGACUGUGCUGUGUAUACAGAUAAGGAGAAUUGAUAGAGAAAAUGUCUGCAUUUUGUCAGUAUUUUUUGUGUCAUCAUAUCUGUUAUGCUAGAAUAUAUUUGUUUUAUUAUAGCCGUUUUAAAAGGCCAAACUAGAGCAAAAAAUUAAAGGCACUUAUUCAUUAUAUUUUAGCACUAAUGACCCUGCAAAUUUGUGUUUAACCUCCACAAAAUGGGUUAAACACACAGUUAAAGUACCCAUUGGGAGCUGCAGAGAAGUGCUGGUCCCAAGCAGACAUAGCUGUGUUGUGCAACUGUCAAUGUUGAUUAGGUCCUAUGAUGUGAGUGCUUGUGACCAGCUGUUCUUUGUCGUUGCCACACAGUAGUUUAACCCCCGGAAAAUAUACAUAGACUUUCAGGGUCAGUAUUACUAAAGUGACAUGGUCUAACGAAUAAGAAUGUCACUUUUGCUCUACAUUGGCCCUUUAAACAUAAAUAUUUAUGUAUGAGUUAUGUUAUAAAAAAAUCAUUUGGAUAUCUGUUCAGCCUCUGUUUUAUGGUGACAUCAGUACAUUAUAUUCACUAUGGCAUUUCAUAGACAUUUGCCAGUUAAUACAUUUGUUACACUGAUAUUUGUGUUACACACUAA